GUCAUUUUAUUAAUUUCUUUCCUUAUUUCUUCAUUUUUAUGUAUUUAUUUAUUUCUUAGUUUAUUUUGAUCAUAAUGUCUCACUGAGCUGAUUUAUCUGUCAAAUAACUUUAAACUGUUUUUAAAGGGGCUAUAUAAAUAAAGUUGUUAUAAGUUUAUUCAGGUGUACGUAAUAAAGUGGCCACCGACUGUUUAUAAUAACAUGACUUGACUCUUCACAGUGAGACGUCAUGGAGUUCACAGAGAGCAGAUUCCCUCACCUGCUGCAGCCAAUCAGAGAGCUCACCAAGAACUGGGAGAUCGACGUGGCGUCGGAGCUAAACGACUAUUUAGAAGAGCUGGACGACAUGUGCAUCACGUUCGAUGGAGGGAAAACCAGACUGAACUUUGCCGAAGCGGCGCUGCUGAUCCAGGGUUCAGCCUGCAUCUACAGCAAGAAGGUGGAGCUCCUGCACAGUCUGGUCUACCAAACUCUGGAGUACAUCAACGACAGGAAUAAGAAACGGAACAAACAGACGUCAGCGUCUCAGGAGGACGACGCUGACGGAGCAGCGAGCGAACACGACGAUGAGGCUGUGUUCACUCCGCUCAACAUCAAGGUCUCUGGGAACUCUAUGAAUACAGACUCCAACACGACUGUGAGUGUUGCUCCUCUUCCUCCUGAGUCUCUGAUUCCUCCUGAAACCUCAGAGAAGCACAAGCUCCCGCUCAUCAGUGUGACCGGAGACGUCCUGUGCAGUCAGAAGGACUUCAGGAUCAACCUCUUCAUCCCAGGAGACCAGGAUCUGAUCCUCCUCACUCUGGGAUCAGCUGCCUCCAGGUUUCUGAUGGAUGUGGAUCAAAUCCCUGCAGAGUCUCUGCAGCAGAGAGGUACAGAUCCUCGUCCUCUUGAGGCUCUGGUUGAAGAUAAUGGAGGUGAUGCUGAGGAGGACUUCCUUCCUUUAGAGGAUAACAACAUGGAGCUGGACCAGGACCCAGAGGAGCAUUUGGACCGGCACCAGGCUCCGAGUGAAGGACGGAUGAUCCGAGAGAGACGAGAGGUCGAAGAGAAACCAGCGAGGACGGAGGAGACGCCUCCGCCUGUCAGCGUGUGGACGUUAAACGACCCGUACGUCGUCCUCGGAGAAGACAAACCUUUUAAAUCUGGGAAAUGCUACAAAGUCCCUGAAGGUCUGGAUGACGGAGGGAAGAGGAAACGAAGACGAGCUGCUUCUCUUCAGGACUUCAGGAGCUGGUUCAGAGGAACAUUUGAUCCUCCGGAGCACAAGUUCAAAAAUGGACCAUCGUUUCCAGACCUGAACUACAUUUAUUUAAAUACCAUGAAAAACAAACUUAAGACUCGGAAGAGAAUCUACAGGAGAGCAGGGGUGGCAAUCUCUGAUGAAGAACUCAGGAGGACCUUCCUCCAGCUGGAGGAGGUGGGGCCACAGCAGCAGGGGGAGGAGCCUAUGGACGGAUUCAGACCCCCCGACAUGCUGGGUGGAGACGACGACAACUCAGACCAGGAAGCGUUUCCAGAUGAUCUUCCAGCUGAGUUUGCUGUAGGACCAGACUUCAUAUCUACAGGCGCUCAGAGAGAUGAGCUGAGUUAUGAAGAUCUGGUGAAGCUGCGUGUGGAGCAGCUGGUGGUGAACUGUCGAGGUUACACUCAGGAGACGGCUCUGUCUCGUAGAGUCAAAGACUGGGAGGACCAGAUCAGACCGGAACUGGUGCUGCAGGAGCAGCGCUCCGUGUUCAACAUCCACGACUACGGAGACCGGAUCGUGUCGUCAUUGACCGGCGUCGGUCAGAGAAGAUCUUUCUCCUCCAUCGUCUCUGGAUUCAACAACUAUGAAGCCUGUAAAUACCUGCUGGCUUCUCUUCAGCUGGCCAACGACCUGACGGUGGAGGUGGACAGUGUUGGAGGUCUGGAGGACAGCGUGGACUCGAUGGGUCUGACUCUGAUCAGCACUCACAGAGCUACAGACAGGUUCAAGACCCUCACGGGUUCCACAUGAACACACAUACACACGUGUGUGUGUGUAUAUAUAUAUAUGUAAUAAUUUA